AUGCGCGGCAAGCAAAAGGCAAAGAGGCUGAAGCGCACCCCGGUAGACUGUGGAGAUUUGUGGGGUUGGCAAUGUGCAGAUGUGGCCGUCUCGAUGGAUUGGGAGAAGCUUCAGCGGGCAUUUGACACGCUGACGUCCCCGCCUCUUUGGGCCAACAAACUAUCGUUCCAAAAGGUGGCAAGCGCCUUGCCACUUGAGUGCUUGGAUUCCGGCUUGGAUGGGUCCGCCUCGAAGCUAUCGAUCUGGGCUGCGACCUCGAGGUCUGACCCAUCCGGCAGUUCCUUCAAGUCAUCGCCAUCGUUUCUUGUGUCAUCUGCCAUCGCCAUGCAAGAAUCUGCCGCCACGGGGCGAGGCUGGUAUGCAAGAGCACCACUGGAUGCUGGGGUCAUGCUCCUUGUCGAGCGGCCUGUCGUAGCAGUGCUGGAUGGAGAAUGGCGCGAUGAAUGCUGGGCAGAAUGUGGCAGUUCAGAUUCUGCAGCUUUAGGCAUUGAACUGGCAAGAUGUCACUCCGCGAGCUUGGCGUUGCUCCUUUCAGGCUUUCACCCGCAGGAAGGUGCUGCUACGAAUGGCGCAGAUUCAGAUGAAGAGGAUGAGCCAAUGCUCAAGGCUGCAAUGAAAGAGGCAGUGGACAAUGCCUGGAAGCAAGCGGACAUCUCCAAAGCAGCCCAAAGCCGUCUCGAAGAUGUCGUCCGCCUGAAUUCUUUGGGCUUCUACACGAACUCAGAGCAACUUUGCCACCACGACAACUUUGCAGCCCUCACCGGAAACGGUCUCUUCAGCUUGGCCAGCGGCUUCAACCAUUCCUGCGAGCCCUCGGUGCAGCGCUACUCCUUGGGAGAUCUGACCAUGUUUGUCACGAACCGACCUGUGGAAGCUGGGGCCGAGCUUUGCAUCAGCUACAUUGAGUCCGAACUGCUAUGUGCACCCAAGUCCUUGCGGAGCCAGUCUCUGAAUCGCGACUUUGUUUGCGCUUGCAGCCGAUGCAAGGCAGAAGGAAGCUUGUCAGAUGAUGCAAGUGCUGGCCGUAGGAAUUUCAUGCGAGUAGACUCGCAAGUUCAAGCCAAGCUGGCACUGCUGCCACCGCAGGAGCGAGUCAAGGCUGUGGCAGCAGCCCUUCAAGGCCACCUGGACGAAGGCGAGGAAGAGCCCGAGGAGGAAGAGCCUGUGGAAGAUGAAGCUGGUGCAGUGGGUUCUGACCACCAUUCUGUCACUGAGCAACCUGGCGCAAGAGGGCCUGAGACCGCGGCCACAGCUGCCACAACGGCCACGGUUGUGCUGCUCGGGAAAGAUGCUCAGGAGCUUCGCGUCGUUCAGGCUUUGGCCUUGAUGCAGAUGGAAGACUGGCAAGGUGCCCUCCAGGUCUGGCGACAGAACGCCGCGUUUACUUGUCAUCAUUGCCCGCCGUUUGACGAAGCCUUGGUCGUUUACGCCAUGCAGGCUGCUCUGUGCAACGCACAAAUCGCACCCCGAGGUGGAGCUGCAGGCAUUGACUAUGUGCACCUUGCCGUUGAAGCCCAUCGAAGGGCCUUUGGUGCGGACAACUUUGUCUGGAGGUAUGCGAAGGAGGUGGCGGAGUCCCGAGCGAGCCCAGAGACGAAGGAUGCUUUCCGGCGAGCAGCGAAGGAGCAAGUGCCCAGGAGUCGCCCCUUCACCGAGGUGGUGCGAGACUGGUGCUUCAAAGAAGACGAGGUGCCGCCAGCAUUCCAGUGCUUCUCGUGA